UGCUGUGAGGAACUGUUAUCAUACGGUCAAGUCUAUAGUCUAUAAGUAUUAUCAAAAUUCAAUACAUUCGUCACUUAUUGGUAAUUUAGUUCAACGAUUUUACCCGAUUUUCGAAUAAUUAAUUAUGUAAUUGUUUUUUAUUAUCAGUAAUAUUAAUCUUGAAAAUAUUAGUUAUCAUCAAUAUCAUGACCACAGAACGAACAAAAUCUAAAAUCGGACGAUGGGUUGAUGAAACUAUGAAAGGAAAAUUCGAUAAUUUUGUUGGCUCACGAAAAAAAUCUACUUCUAAUAUUAGUUCAAAAACAAAUAAUGAAAUACCUGUACUACCAGAUGCAGAUGAAAAUAUUGACGCUGAACUGUUGCAAUCGGUUAAACCCGCAGAGUUGCAUUCGAGAAUGACGGAAUCGGCAUAUGAAGACAAAAUCAUGCGACCGCCGAUACAUUUAAAUGAUAUCGAUCUUGGAGUAUUAUUCGCCAACAUGGCACAAAAAGAACAUUUGGAAAACGUGAAUGUUGGUGAACGAGAUGUGGGCAUGAUGAUACAGCAACACCUUAAACUGUUGAACAUUGCAUCCGAGAACGAGAACUGAAACAGAUGAACUGCCCGAGGUAGUGUUGGAUCCAAAAGAACAUAUUUAUUUUUUUUUUACUCCCCGGCUUUCUUUAUUGUAUAAAAUUGUGUUUAUUUGUACGAGAAAUAAU